AACAUCACGUUUAUCACGCAUUCAUAAUACCUCAGAUGGUAGAGGUCGCACGGCAAAUUAUAUACGUAUUGUCGCAUUCUUCUUGGCCCCUGGCCUAAAUCACGCUGCAUUUCUUUGUUUGAAAUCUAGCCGUCGGUGGACAAAAUGGAGUUUGUUGCGGCACACAAGCUCCAACAUCAGGCCAGUAAGCUCUACUUUGCCCCGGCGAUGGACCAUUACUACACAGUAAUCCUCUAGGACAUUUUUUUUGUACCAGUCAGAAGGAUUGUAUCUGUUGCUCAGCCCUUGUUAGUAUAAAAAUAGCCGGGGAAUGUCCCUAGGCGGAGUUCAAAAAUUUAGCGAGUAUGCUUCAGCCUCCGCAUCAAUUCGCCGGGACGCGCAGAUAUGCUUUGGCGUAUCACGCUCUUGUAUCCAGUGAUAUCAUUGACUACAUACUAUACCCUCAUUCUCUCACUUUCACUUUCGUCCAUCACUGACGUCUAUCAUUCCUGUUCAUGCCCAUUGUAUGUUUUGAAGGCAGAUGUUCUAACACCAAAAUGGCUUCUCCUAUCCUCUUCUUUGGUGAUGGCUCUCUCUGUCUGCACCCAUCAUACAAACGGCUGCUUCUUAGUCGAAAAGAUGAUUCUCUUCUUUCCACCUUCCUCACUCGUGCGAGACUCGUACUUCAAUGUGAGAUGACCAAAAUCCCAUUGCCUGACAGGAAAGGCAUGCCGGAUUUGGCAGAAUUGGAAGCUUUAAUCCAAGAGGGUAGUGCACCGCUGGAUCACCAAUGCCUGGCACCGGCUAUGCUUGUCAUCAUUCAAUUGGGGCAAUUUAUCAGCUAUUACGAAGCGCGACCAGAAGAGCCAUAUCCAAGCUCGGAAGUCGCUAUCACAGUUGGACUAUGUGUUGGUCAACUAUCUGCAAUCGCAGUCAGUCAGGCAAGGAGCUUAGUAGAAUUGAUCCCACUUGCUGUGGAGUCGGUUCGGAUAGCUUUCCGAACCGGUAUGACUGCGACCAUUAUCAGAGAUGAAUUGGAGCAGCAGAGCAGCGCAUCUGAAACUUGGGCAAUGACUGUACCAACAGAAGUUGGCUACGACUUGCUGGACACUAUUCACAAGGAAACCGCCACCUUAGAGCGAAAGAAGGCAUAUGUCAGCGCUUCAUUCCGCAAGGCGGUCACUAUUCAGGGUCCUCCUACCACCCUAGAUAACAUUGACAGCUGGUUGAGCUCCAACCGCCCAAAAACUUUCCGCCAGCGCCUGCCAAUUUACACUCCUUACCAUGCCCCUCACUUGUACUCACAAGAAAACGUCUCAAAAGUCCUCGAAGGCUCUGAGGCUAUCUACUCCUCUGUAGAGUGGACUGGGACUGCGCCAAGAUUAAUUUCGCCUGUCACUGGAAAGUACUACUCCGACUCCAGCAGACGAUCCAUGCUCGAAAGCGUUCUGUACGAUGUCUUGAAGGAGCCCAUUCAAUGGGCAGAUGUGAGCUCAGGCUGCGCACAAUAUGUUGCUGCCACCAGCAUCUCAAACUGGGUGAUUCGACCAUUCGGUCCCACUCUCGUUGCUGGAAGCUUGGCAUCUGGUCUGAAGAUCGAAGCCAAGGUUGAAGCUGCUAUUGAUGACUUUUUCAACCCUAACAACCCAGACAAGAUGGCUACUCCAGCAAGAGAGCCAAUCGCCAUUGUGGGUAUGGCUGGCAGAUUCCCUGAGGCUAUGAGCCACGACGAGCUUUGGAAACUGCUCGAGGAUGGCAUUGAUGCCUGCAAAGUGAUCCCUGCUGAUCGAUUCGAUGCCGACAUCUACGUUUCCAAAGAUGGACCAGCUAAGAACCCAGCCGGAACUCCAUAUGGAUGCUUUAUGAAGCAACCAGGGUUGUUCGAUGCUCGAUUAUUCAACAUGUCGCCACGUGAAGCAGAACAGACUGAUCCUCAACAGCGACUUAUUCUUACGACUGCUUACGAAGCACUUGAGAUGUCGGGUUUCGUGCCAAACAGAACCCCCUCCACUCAGUUGGAGCGCAUCGGCACAUAUUAUGGUCAAACUGGCGACGAGUACCGUGAAAUCAACGCAGCUCAAGAUAUCCAGACUUACUAUAUCUCGGGGAACGAUCGUGCCUUCGGUCCUGGCCGCAUUAAUCACUACUUCAAGUUUGGUGGUCCAAGUAUGAGCGUCGAUACUGCUUGCUCUUCCAGUGCUGUCGCUUUGAACGUUGCAUGCUCUGCUAUCUGGGCCAACGACUGCUCAACUGCCUUGGUAGGAGGCAUGAUGCUCUUGACCAGCCCGGACAACUUCUGUGGUCUGAGCCGUGGCCACUUCUUGAACACGACCGGAAACUGCAAGACCUUCGACGACAAGGCUGAUGGGUACUGUCGUGGAGAAGCUGUAGCGACGGUUGUCAUCAAACGAUUGUCAGAUGCGAAGGCCGACAAUGACAACAUUUUGGCUGUUAUUCUUGGAGCAGGUACUAACUAUUCAGCUGCUUCGGCCUCCAUCACUCACCCUCACGGCCCAACUCAAGAAGUUCUCUAUAAGAAGCUCUUGAACGAGGCUGGUCUCCACCCGUUCGACAUUGACUUCGUUGAACUUCAUGGAACCGGUACUCAAGCCGGUGAUGCAGCUGAGAUGAGCUCAGUCAGCAAUGUUUUCGCACCAGCCACUCCUCAACGACCAGUCGAAACCCCUCUUUGGCUCAGCUCCGUCAAAGCCAACAUUGGACAUGGGGAGUCAUCUUCCGGCGUCGCAGCUUUGAUCAAGACUUUACUUGUUCUCCGUGAAGAGAAGGUUCCCAAGCAUGUGGGUAUCAAGAGUGGUAUCAUGAACCACACUUUCCCGGAUUUCGAGCAGCGAAGAAUCAAAGUCGCUUUUGGUGGACAUGGUUCUUUCCCUCGCACCAAGGAGAGGAAGCGUCGUGCUUUGGUCAAUAACUUUGGAGCCGCUGGUGGAAAUACAGCCCUUUUGAUUGAGGAAGCUCCUGAGAAAGCCGCCACCGAGAUCGUUGACACAAGAACCGAGCAUGUUAUCAAUGUUGCAGCGAAGACACUCACCUCUAUCAAGAACAACAUCAAGAAUUUGAUUGAGUAUCUCGAGAAGGAACCAGCAACCAACCUUUCCGAUCUUUCAUACACGACCACAGCUCGAAGAAUGCAACAACCCAUGAAGGUUUCAGUCACAGCUUCGUCCGUCUCUGAAUUGAAGGAUCGUCUGGCUGCCGCUUUGGCGAGCGAAAGCUUCAAGCAAUCUGCCAAAACUUCCAACAUAAUCUUCACAUUCACUGGACAAGGCUCACUCUACCUGCCUCUUGCCAAGGACCUCUACGUCUCUUCCCAGCAAUUCCAAUCUGACAUCAAUCGCUUCAACCAGAUCUGUCUCGAUCAAGGAUUCCCCAGCUUCCUUUCAGUCAUUGAUGGGAGCAUCAGCGAUAUGGAGUUGCUGUCUCCAGCUCAGACCCAACUCGCUAUUUGCGCUGUUCAGAUGAGUCUGUACCGCCUCUGGUCUUCUUGGGGUGUUAACCCUACUGCGGUCAUCGGCCACAGCCUUGGAGAAUAUGCUGCUCUCUUCGCAUCUGGAAUCGUCUCCGCAAACGAUACUCUCUUCCUUGUUGGACUCCGAGCUUGUAUCUUGGAAGCUACUUGCACCCAAAAGACUCAUUGCAUGCUUUCCAUCCACUUGACAAUGGCCAACAUUGAGAAACACCUUGGAAACCGUCUUGAGAAGCUUGAAGUGGCUUGCAUCAAUGGUCCUGAGGACAUCGUCUUGAGCGGAGCUGCAGAUCUUGUCAAGGACGCCCAGGAUCUUCUCAAGGCAGCUGGAGUGAAGUGCACAACUCUCAACACUCCUUAUGCUUUCCAUUCGGCACAGGUCGAUCCUAUCCUCAAUGACUUCGAAGCUGCGGCUGCAAGCGUCAAGUUUAUGAAGCCACGCAUUCCCCUUCUCUCGCCUCUGCUCGCCACUGUUAUCAGAGAUGCUAGCGUUGUUGGACCAUCUUAUCUCCGACGACACGCUCGCGAGGCAGUCAACUUCCAUCAAACUCUCCUACAGGCAGAGUCUGCUAGUCUAGCCAACAAGGAGACUGUGUGGCUCGAGCUUGGUCCUAACCCAGUCAACCUUGGUAUGGUCAGAUCAACUCUCGGCACUCAAGUUCGUGCUAUGCCAUCUCUUCGCAAGAACGAGAAUGCAUGGACAACUUGCGCAAAAGCGAUGUCAUUCUUUUACACUGCUGGUGUUGAGGUCAACUUUAACGAGUAUCACCGAGAUUUUGCUGCGUGCCAAAACUUGUUGACACUGCCAAGCUACGCUUUCGACGAGAAGAACUACUGGCUCGAGUAUAAGAAUGACUGGCUUUUGUUGAAGGAUGGUGCAGCUGCUCCCUCACGCAUCACUGAGAUCAAGGCUGAACCCGCUAUUACCACUAGUGUUCAGAGACUUGUUUCAAAGGAUGUCAAAGGAAGCACGGCUUCUCUUGUGUUCGAGACUGAUCUCUCUGAGCCGCACAUGCACAACAUCAUUGCUGGACAUUCCCUAAAUGGCCUCGCUAUGUGCCCUGCUGGCGUCUACGCAGACAUAGCUCUCACUAUCGGUGACUACAUCCGCCGAGAGCUCAAGGUCAACGUCGACACCUCCGCUAUCAAUGUUGCUGAUAUGGAGAUCCUCGGUUCUAUUGUUGUUCCUGUUCCUCGAGUUGCAACGCCUCAAGUUCUCCGCAUCAGCGCGACUGCAAACCUCGACACUGGCAGAAUCGAUCUUGAGUUUGGAACAUACGCACCUGAAACGAACAAGACUAGUGCCAAAGCCCACUGUCACGUCGAUUAUGGGAGCGAGAAAGGAUGGCUCCAACAGUGGUCAAAGAGCGCUUGGCUCGUCCAGAAGAGAAUCGAUGAACUCGAGCGAGGUGUGAACAAUGGUACCGUCGACAAGAUCACAAAGAAGAUGGCCUACCAACUAUUCUCAUCCUUGGUCGUCUACGGAACUCAGUACCAAGGCAUGCAAGAAGUCCUCAUUGAUGCUGAAGAGCUCGAAGCUACUGCAACCUUGAAGCUUUGCCAAGAUACCAAUGUUGGAGACUUUUUCGCCUCCCCUCUAUGGAUCGAUAACCUCGCUCAACUAUCUGGGUUCGUCAUGAAUGCAAUUGGUAUCGUCGAUCCUAAAGUGGCUGUCUACAUCUCUCACGGCUGGGGGUCCAUGCAAGUAGUCGGUCCUCUAGAUGCCAACAAGCCAUAUCGUGUCCAUGUCAAGAUGCAACCUCUCGACAAGUCGAUCAUGGCUGGUGACGUUACCGUCUUCCAGGGUGAGACUGUCAUCGGUGUUCUUGGCGAUGUUAAGUUCCAACGAGUGCCGAAAUCGUUGUUGGAUACUAUGCUUGGAGGAAGUCCAAAGGCAGCUCAUUCGAAUGUCAAGGCUAUCGCUGCAGCCGCCCCUGCUACUAAGAAAGCACCAGCCCCUAAAGCAGCUCCUAAGCUUGCUCCCAAGCGAGCACCAGUCCAAAACUCUCCUAUGACCAAGAUCCUCGAGCUCAUGGCUGAGGAGAUUGGUAUUCCAGCCGCUGAAAUGACCGACGACAGCGUCUUUGAAGAGAUGGGUGUUGAUUCCCUCCUCUCUCUAACCAUCUUGUCGAAGAUCCGCGAAGCACUCGGUAUGGACUUGUCGCCAUCUACAUUCCAGGAAUGCCAGACUGUCGGAGAUCUUCGUCGCUCGCUUGGUGAUGCUUCUGAUUCGAGCUCAAGCUCUAAUUCCAGCUCAAGCGAUGAUGAUUAUGACAUUGUCUCUGAGACAUCUCUUGAGUCUGGUAUCCAGACUCCUGCUCUUAUCGAUGAGCCUUGCACCAAUAACGCAAUGGUGGACGUUCUUCACGCAGUCAUCGCUGAGGAAGUAGGUGUCGACGUCGAAGAGUUGAUCGCUAUCGAUGAUCUCUCCUCGCUCGGAGUAGACUCUCUCAUGAGUCUAACCAUCGUGGCCGCCCUCCGCGAGAAGCUAGGAAUGGACAUCCCGUCCUCCCUCCUCGAAGAAUGCACCUCCCUGAAAUCCAUGAAAGAGUCACUGAACCUUGGCCCUUCCCCUGAACCAGCAGCAAAGCCAAUAUCUUCGCCCAAGAAGAGCGUCGCAAACUCAAUGCUCCUCCAAGGCCAACCGACAACCACAUCCCAAACCCUCUUCCUCUUCCCCGACGGCUCCGGCUCCGCAACCUCCUACGCCUCCCUCCCGCUAAUCUCCCCUUCCACCUCCAUCAUCGCCAUCAACUCACCCUUCCUCAAGACCCCCGACACCUACACCGUCUCACUCGAAUCCGCAUCCGCACUCAUGGUCACCGAACUGCAAGCCCGCCAACCCCAUGGUCCCUACCUCCUCGCCGGCUGGUCAGCCGGCGGCAUGUACGCCUACGAAGCCGCGCGCCUGCUCAUCUCGCAGGGUGAAACCGUGUCCAAGCUCAUCCUGAUCGAUUCGCCCUGCCGCACCGACUACGGGCCCAUGCCACACGACGUCCUGGAAUACGUCUCCAAGAGCGGGGUUAUCAGCGGUCAAGCGACAGGUACAGCGCCUCAGUGGCUGGUGGAUCAUUUCCAGGGCACGAUAAGAGCUGUCAGGGAAUAUACUCCGAAACCGUUUGAGGAGGGCAAGGGCCCGGAACAGACGUUCUGUGUGUGGGCUAAGAAGGGCGUCUUUGAGGAUUGGCCGAAGGCGGAGCUGGCGGGGUUGGAUUUGACGGAUGCGGUGGCGAGCUGGUUGUUGAAGCCGAAGACGGAUCCGGGGAGUCAGGGGUGGGAGAAGUUGCUUGGGAGGGGCAUUAGAUGUGUUAGUGUGGAGGGGAAUCAUUUUUCGAUGGUGCAUCCGCCGAAUUGCAAGAGUUUGAGUAGGGCGAUUGGAGAUGCAUUGGAGGAUGAUGAGGGGAAGAGGGUUGGGAAAUGGAGAAUUGCUUGAUUUGUUUCUUUCUGUCAUGAUACGAUGCAUGUUUUUCUUUUGUCAUUUUGCUUUAUGACCAUGUCGAUAUGUCUGUCAUCUCCUUAUGUCUCGUUUCCUUCAUUUUUCAUAGCAUGUCUGUAUUUCCCGCGCUCAUCUCAUUUCACUACGUUUUGAUACUUGCUUGGAGGAGUACGGCGCUGGAGUCAACACAUGUUGUUGCGGCGUUUGCGAAUUAUUUGCAGUGAACAGGAUAGAUUCUCUUAGCUUAGCG